AUGGCCACCCCAAUCCACGCCGCUUCACCCACCAAGAAGCCCCAACCCAUCCCCUGGACCCACCAGGAAACUGUCCACCUCAUCCGCGCGUAUCAGGAGAAGUGGUACGCGCUCAAGCGCGGCCCCCUCCGCCACAACCAGUGGGAGGAGGUCGCCGUCGUCGUCGCCGCCCGCUGCGGCUAUGACCUCGCCCAUCCCGCCAAGUCCGCCCUACAGUGCCGCCACAAAAUGGAGAAGCUCCGCCAACGUCACCGUGCCGAGAAGAAGCACCUCGCCGCCACGCUCCGCCCUGCCGCCUGGCAGUAUAACGGCCUCAUGGACGACCUCGAACGCGGCCCCCUCCCCAUCUCCGCCCUCGCCCCUUUCCAAAACGACACCGAUUCAGAGCCCGAUGACGGAGACGCUUAUCAGAACGACAAUGAUGGCGAUGAAAGUUUUAUAAAGUCGAAGAGUAUUAACUGUAUUCUCGGCGAGAGGCCCGUAAGAAUGAGAAGCGGUGAAAAAGGGUUUUUGAGGGAGCGUGUUGAAGACGAAGACGAGGACGAUGAUGACGAUUGCGACGACGACGACGUUUUGGCGUUGCCGGCGGAGAUUAGGGCUUUCGCGGAGAGAUUUAUUGGAAUGGAGAGUUUGAAGAUGGAGAUGAUGCAGGAAACGGAGAGGUGUAGGUUGGAGAUGGAGAAGAAGCGGAUCCAGAUGAUUCUGGACUCGCAGCAGAGGAUCGUUGAUUCCAUUGGGAGGGCGUUUGGGUCUAACAAGAGGAUCAAAAUCACACAACAAAUCUGA